AUGGGAAACUGUCACUGGCAAAAUUGUCAGAGAUGGACAAGGCCUAUCAUGCAGCCUGCACAGAGGGCCUGCCAUUGGCUGGUGGUUAGCAGCCAAGUUCCUCAUGAGUUUCCUGAGCUCCCGCACCUACUGCAAUCUUCCAUGAACGUGGCCUCACAUCUGAGCCGUUCGGAGUCAGAGCUCCAGCUCCUCCGGAAGAUUUGGGCUGCUGUGGUUGCUCAGAUGGGCCAAGGCAAGACGGUCAUCACAUGGAACGAUGUGAAGACUGCUGUGCUGAUAUCCAAGCCAACGUUGGCUAUGACAUGCCCCAUGAUGUUUGGGUUCGUGCUCAAGUUUUCCGGCGGUGUUUCUGGCCAUUUGAUGGACGAAACGGAAAGCUUCAUUCGUGCACAUGGGCAUGCUCGAAGGAGUCUGGGGCCAGAUGUCUUUGCAGCUCUUAGCCAGGACUUGAAGGGCACUGAGCAGUAUGCCAAGUAUCGCCACUGUGUUUUGAGGGCUCUCUACAUGGUGCCGGACAAGGUUCUUGGUAUCGGUGACGUCCGCAAAGCAUUGGCAGGGAAUAUGAUUCCUGGCAUGAAGGAUGCUGAGGCUGCCAUGGCAUUGGCUGAGCAGCUCUGCACCACACACCAGCUGGGAGACUCCGACAAAUUGCAUGCAAUUGGCCUCAUGUCAGUGAACCUUGUGUUGGCAACCAUCAAGAAGGUUCACAAGGAUCUCCCAAAACUGCAGUCUGUCAGUGACGCAGGUCGGAUGUUCAUUGAGCAUCUCAGGGUAUUGGCUAAGAACCCAAACAUCGCAUCUCCAUGGGUGGCUUCGAGGUGA